UUCACCACCUCGACUGGUGGAGGACGCGCGGUGUUUUCUCGCUUCAUGGAUUUGAUGGUUUCCAUCCAGCUCACGAGGACGCAUUGGAGUCUGAUGGCUGUUUGUUUGCUCCUAAAAUCAAAGGCUCAUUCACUCCAACGGUGAGUUUCUUGGCGUAGCUAACGUCAGAACACGCGAUGGCGGAGCCGCAGGCUUCCCAACCCGUGGCGGGAUCCUUGUACGAGCUUGGCUCCUCCGAGGCAACCACUCCAACCCGGGACUCUGUGGAGAUUGCAGCGGCGGCAGCUGCGCUGAGCAUCAGCGAUACCCACGCCGCGGGCACGCGAGCAUACCUGGACGUGUCGGCAGCUGCACUCGCUGGUGGUGGAUACCCGGUGUACGGGGCCGAGGGAGUGUACUCGAACGGACGGUACAGGGAACACAGCAGCCCGCGGAUCGGUAUACGAAAUCGCGACAGUUCUGCGGAGCGGUGCCCAGGCACCGGGAAUCCACCUUGCGGUAUUAUGAAGGAUGGUUCAAAGCAGAGGCAGUCAAGGAAGAAGACAGUUUCCUUCAGCUCCAUGCCAAAUGACCGUAAGAUGAAUAGCACAGCUGCCUGCAUGGCCUUCAUGAUGGAAGGCUGCGAGAUGAAGAAAGUCCGCUCCAAUUCUCGCAUGUACAAUCGUUACUUCCUGUUGGACCCUGACAUGCGCUGGCUCCGCUGGGAGCCAUCCAAGAAAGACUCUGAGAAAGCCAAGCUUGAGAUCAAGACCAUCAAAGAUGUUCGAUUGGGCAAGAAAACACCUGUCCUGCGCAGCAAUGGUCUCUCUGAUCAGUUUCCGGAUGAGUGCGCUUUCUCAAUUAUAUAUGGAGACAACUAUGAGUCCCUGGAUCUGGUUGCAAGCACAGCAGAUGUGGUAAGCACAUGGGUGAUGGGACUGCGGUACCUGGUCUCCUAUGGGCGACACAUGGUGGGUGUAGUCGAGGCAUGUCAGCCUAGUGUAAGAACAUCCUGGAUUGGCUCAGUGUUUGAGCUAGCUGAUCCGGAGAGGCAAGGACACAUUGACCUCUUUCGAGCCACUCAAAUUAUCAAGGGCCUCAAUCCUGGUAUGAGAGAGUCUCGCAUUGAACAAAAGUUCAAAGAGACACAGAAAGCCAAGGACUGCUAUGGUGAAGGCAUUGAUUUAGACACGUUUGUAGAGGCCUAUUGUGAACUGUGCACACGCCCUGAGAUCUUUUUCUUGCUUGUACAAUUCUCCAGCAACAAAGAGUACCUGGACUCCAAAGACUUAAUGUUAUUUGUGGAGGUGGAGCAGGGAGUGGAGGGAGUCACAGAAGAAAUGUGUUGGGAGAUUGUACGCAAGUACGAACCUUCCACUGAAGGACGCAACAAUGGCUACUUGUCCAUUGAUGGCUUCACACACUACCUCCUGUCAUCCGAGUGCCACAUUUUCGACCCUCAGCACAAGCGUGUUUGUCAUGACAUGACACAGCCCCUUUCACACUACUACAUCAACUCUUCCCAUAAUGCCACACUUUUGGAGGAUCACUAUUGGGGUUCGGCAGACCUCAGCAGCUAUGUCCGUGCACUACGCAUGGGCUGUCGAAGUUUGGAGGUUGUGGUGUGGGAUGGACCUGACUGCGAGCCUGUGGUCUAUGUUGGGAGUUCAGUUGCCUCCCAUCUGGCCUUCUGUAAAGUUCUGGAUGUCAUUAACCAGUAUGCCUUUGAGAGCUCAGAGUAUCCGCUAAUCCUCUGCCUAGUCACACACUGCAGCAUCCCCCAGCAGAAGGUCAUGGCUCAACACAUGAAGAAGAUCCUUGGGGACAAACUGCACACUGAGCCUCCCAUUGCAGAGGAUUACCACUUGCCCUCUCCUGAGAAACUCAAGGGAAAGAUACUCAUCAAAGGGAAGCAGCUGCCUCCAGACUUGCAAGACUCUGAAGGGGAGGUGACGGAAGAAGAAGAAGGGUUCGAGAUGUCUAGGAGAAUGUUAGGUGGAAAUGAUAAGGACCAGCUCAAUGGGAUUGGCUGCAAACGUUUGUGGCUCUGUAGAGAACUGUCCGAUCUAGUAACCCUCUGCAAGUCUGUACAGUUCAGAGACUUUAAGACAUCAAAACGGGAACAGAAGCAUUGGGAGAUUUGCUCCUUUAACGAGGUCGAUGCCAACCACUUUGCCAAUGAAUUUCCAGAGGACUUUGUCUCCUAUAACAAGCGAUUUCUGUCACGAGUGUACCCUACACUCAUGCGCAUUGAUGCUAGCAACAUGAACCCACAGGAUUUUUGGAAGUGCGGUUGCCAAAUUGUGGCCAUGAAUUACCAGACUCCGGGCCUGAUGAUGGAUUUGAACUUUGGCUGGUUUAGGCAAAAUGGAAACUGUGGCUAUGUCCUGCGUCCUGCCAUAAUGCGUGAUGAGGUGUCGUAUUUCAGUGCCAAUGCUCGUGACUCACUGCCUGGAGUCUCAGCCCAGCUUCUCCACAUCAAGGUAAUUAGUGGUCAAAAUCUACCAAAGCCUCGGGGCUCGGCUGCUAAAGGCGAUGUUGUUGAGCCAUACAUCUAUGUGGAGAUCCAUGGAAUUCCAGCAGAUUGCGCAGAACAACGAACCAAGACUGUCUCACAAAAUGGUGACAAUCCCAUUUUUGAUGAAAGCUUUGAAUUCCAGAUUAAUCUUCCAGAAUUGGCUGCUUUGCGAUUCGUUGUCCUCGACGAUGACUACAUUGGCGAUGAAUUUAUUGGCCAGUACACCAUUCCUUUUGAGUGCCUGCUUCCUGGUUACCGGCAUGUACCAUUGCAAUCACUUACAGGGGAGUUUUUGGCCAAUACCACGCUGUUUGUUCAUAUUGCCAUUACAAAUAGGCGAGGUGGGGGCAAGGCACAUAAGAGGGGUCUCUCUGUGAGAAAGGGCCGCAAGGCAAGGGAAUACACCUCCACCAAGACCACAGGGAUUAAAGUGGUAGAUGAGCUAUUCAGGGCAUCAACCCAGCCACUACGGGAAGCAACAGACCUACGGGAAAAUGUACAGAAUGCCAUGGUGUCGUUCAAGGAGCUCUGCGGGCUGACUCCAGCAGCUAAUAUGAAACAGUGUAUCCUGACUGUGUCCUCCUGGAUGAUGAACAGCGAGCGAGCGCUACGGGUAACGGUGGACCUAAGCGAGGCCUAUCCCACCAUGGAAGCCCAGGGCCCCAUUCCAGAGCUACUCAAAAAAGUGCUCACCGCUUAUGAUACGAUGAUCCAGACGAGUCGUACACUGAUCGAAUCAGCCGAUGGUGUGCACUCUAAACUCACACAAGCACAGCGAGCAGGGUUGGACUUUCACGAGGACCUGCAUCGGAUCGGGACGAGGGAAGGACUGAAAGGGAGGAAGCUACAGAAGGCCAUGGAGAGUUACGCUUGGAACAUCACUGUGCUGAAGGGCCAGGCAGACCUGUUGAAGCAUGCGAAAGGAGAGGCAAUAGACACUUUGCGACAGAUUCACUGUGCUGCUCACUCAUGCGGCCUGGUCAAGAACGGAGCCUCUACGUCCCCUGCCUCACCUCUACUGCCGCCUCACGCACGACUCCUCCACACUAUCCAUGAGACUGAGACAGAUAACACCAUCCUUCACUGAUAGAGAGUCAGAUAGAGAGAGAACAAAACAAACAGCAACAAAGAAAGAUGAAACAGCAAAUAUUCAAUUUUCUCAGUUUUAGAACAAGAUAGAGAAAACCGAGAGAGUCAGGUGGGUUGAGUCACUGAAGGACACACAGGAGACAGUUUAACUUUGCUUUGCUCUCUUCUCAGCUUUACCUGGCAGGCUCAGGUCUUAAAAUGAUAUUCCCACUGAGGAGUCAUGUCUCAAAAGAUUUCACUAGCUUGCUCUCCUGUGACAGAGCUGCUGUAAAACAAAACAGCUGUGAUUUGCAUUAAGUGAUCAGACCUCCUCUAGCCAUGACUUCAUUCAAAUGUAAACCCCAAUCUUGAGCAGUGUUUCUCAAUUGGUUUUGCUUCAGGACCCAGAUUUUACAUUGGACAUCAAGUACAGUCGUUAUUGUACAAAAGUGUACAAAAAUCAAGUAUUAAAAUAUAUAUUAAAACUACUGCAAAUUGCAAAGGUCCAACAAUAUAUUUAACUAUUAUCAUGACAGGCUGAAUAGGAAUAUAAUUUUUUUUAAUGUGAAAACAAGCUGAAUUGUGAUUAACCAUCCUAGCACAUUGAACAAAGACUGGGCCAAAUGUUGUAUUAUCAUUAGCCAUUUCAUCAUAGGACAGAUUCAUUUGUGGCAAAAUACUAUAGAACGUGAUUGGACGCACAUCCACAAAAGCCAUGUCGGAUAUGAGAUACAUGCUCUGUAGGUCGUCACAAUGCAAGUGAAUGGGUAUCAAAGCUUUGAAGCUCCAAAAUGCACAUAAAGGCAGCAUAAAUGUAAUCUAUAAGACUCCAGUGGUUAAAUAUAACCAUGAUAGAUGUGGUUGAGAAACAGAUCUAUAUUUAAGUCCUUUUUUUACCAUAAAUUCUUCUCCCUACCCAGGUGGUGAUAUGCACAAAGAAUGCAAAUUGGCAAAAACAAAAGAAGAAGAAUGUGAAGUGAAAGUGAAAGUGGAGAGUUCUAACAAAAAUAUGAUCAUAGUGAAAAUACAGAACUAGUUGUUUUAAACCAACAUACAAAAGCUCUGCUAGAGAAAACACAUAUUUACACAUUAGACUUUUGUCUACAAAUUUUAUCGUAACUGAUAUAGGCAUUGUGACAACUUUACUAUGGUCUCCACUGUAUGUUUUGGUGUAUUUCAUUAUUUUAUUUUAGAAUUGCGCUUUCUGUGCUUUCUGUGACCCUAUCAGAACAGACCUGCACCCCACCCAUUGAUAACCACUGCUUUAGCAAAUCAGUCAUUUUCUGCAAUUUAAUAUAUUUUUGACCUUCCUUGAUCCCAGAUGACCCCAGAUAGCCCAAUAACUUUCACGAGGUGCAUUGCUACUCCACUGAAAAGGAAGUCAGAUAUAUCGAGCUUUCAAAGAAAGAUUCUGAAGUAAUCUAAACACUCAUUUGAUAUCAGAACUGCAGAUUGUGCUCUCUCACUCCAACCUCUGGCUUCUCCAAACAUUGUUUGAUUAUUCUAAAUUGGGUAACAUUAGAACUGUCAGCUUAAUACGUCUUGGUCCUAAAAGGGGCCUUUCUCUAGAGGUCUUGUGUGUGAGUAUGUGUGUAUAUAUACGGUAUGUAUGUGUGGUGCGUAUAUGGUGUAUUUUGGACAAAAGAAAACAUGUAACCUGUUUAUAACUGGAAACUGGACAUCUCCUGUUGAGACGGGCUCAACUGGGAAGACUAGAAACUCUGGGACAAUUAUUAUCUCAGCACCACUGAGGAUCAGACAAAUAAAUAUUUCAAUAAUUAAGAAUUAAAAAAAGUCAAGGACACUUUUUCAUUUCAUUAAGGACACUUUCACACCUGAUAAUACACCCUGUUCAUGAAUAUUCUGAAUUGUUAUUACUGCUGUUACUAUUGUGGGUAGGUGUUAAUUGAAUUUAAGGUCAUUUUAUAUUUGCAGAUAACAAAAAACAGGUGUCAUUCUGUAUCAGUCGUUCAUUGGAAACCUCACAGGACAAGGAAAGAUGAAUGCUCUGGAGAUGAGGGUGAAACAUAGAUUGGCUAAAUAAAUUAUUGUCAAAUGACAUGUGAUUGAGAUUAUAUUAGUCAUUUAUAAAGUCCAAAUGAUGUUAUAUAAA